ACAGCUUCGAGCAUUGUUACGCUGAAGUCUCCAUCGCUCAUGACGACGACGGCUUACAUCGUUGGUGCGGAGCUGAUCCUGGCGACCGCUGUCUCUGUCUGGGUCAUUUACUUCCAAGCGCCCCUUGCACAUGAAGAGUACGUAUCGUCGUAUGCGCUGCGACCUCCACCGCGGCUCAUCGGUCGCCUCUUCCACUUCAGCUCGUUGGUGCUCUUUCUCGUGGUGGCCGGUGCCGACUUGAGACAAACGAACGGAUCGUGCUUGCUGUACUACACGUUUUGGAACUUCGUGCUGCAAACGGCGUACUGGAUUUGGGCGCUGAUCGAUCCGAAACGCACCAGCCGCGCUCGAUCGAUGUUCCUCGACCUGCUCUUGCCCACGAACAUGGUCAUGGUCGUCGUAGUGUGGGCAAUACUGUACCCGCUUGUGGGCGACGACUUGAAUAAUUGGAUCAGUUGUACACAACAUGGCGGUAACCUCGUGUUGCUCUUGAUCGAGUUUGUGUGCAGCGACGUCCGGUCCGUGCCUUUGAGCACGGGCGCGCUCGUCGGUUUGUGGGCCACGACAUACGCCACGUUUGCGUGGGUUGUGCACAGCUUUACCAACGUGUGGCUGUACCCGUUCUUGGACGUCGACCAGCCUUGGGCCCCGCUGUGGUAUUUAGGCCUCCUGGCGCUCCACAUUGUGUUUUUCGGAGUUGUCGCGCUGCUGGCAGCCAUCAAAGUAUACAUCGCCGAGCAUAUUCCGGUGGAUUACGACGGCACAUCCAAGCUCUUGCUUCCACGGGUGACCCCCAAAGGGAGCCAGCAUCGACCAACCACAUAGAAACUCAUACUAAACAUUACGUCAGCAUCGCGACAUGACCUGCACACAUGCAUGCUUCGGUCACUGUACUCCGUAGGAUUUAUCGAGAUUGUUCAUGACAGUGCGAUUCUUGUGUUUC